AUGUUUCAAGUCAGACAGAACGAGAACCGCGCCCCGCUCGGCACAAACAGACUCCAGAACGGCAAGCUGGGCGGUGGACAAGCUCAGUGGGGCUCAGGAGCUUUUACUGGGCCAACAGGUGGUGCGCCAGGUCUACCUGCAGCGCAAACACGAACAAACGGCGGACCUGCAUCAAGCUUUGCGCAAGCAAUGGGCAACUCGCAGCCUCAUACUCCGCUCAACCUUGAAGAGUUUCCUUCGCUGUCUGGUGCUCCCCAGGCACAGCAGAACACCACCGCUCAGCAGAUGUGGGCAAACCCUACCCUCCGCACAACCCCGCACACGACCAUUCAGCGACCGCAAGGGCAGACACCACAACCGGGACAGUCAGGACAAGCGCCCAACCAACAGCUGCCGAAUCAAAAUGAAGAUUCUCCCCAAGGCCAGUUUGGCGGUGCUGGCGACGACUACCGGUUCGGUGGGCAAGGAGGAGUAGGGCAGCUCUCUGGCAGUGCUCAACCACAGACAGGCAAUAUCGAAGAAUUUCCACCAUUGGGGAACAAUGCCGCAGGAGAAAUUGGGCCGGAUCGACGGGCAGGAUUGAUUCAGAAUGCAGCAGCGUUCGGGACAACUCCAGGCACGAGCGCUUUCCCGGGGUUAGGGCAGACACGGAACGGUCUAUCCAGUCCGACAGAGAGUCAGGGCAACCGAUCGUCAAAUGCUACAGUGGGCGGAGGUCUUGCAAGCGCAACAUCUCGGACACCGUUUGACGGAAUGCGGGCAACGCAAAGCCAGCAAGAGGGCGGCCAACGGACAGGACAAGCGCCAGGGAAUCUUUCUUUCCUCGGCUCUGGUAUUCGAAGCGGCGGCGAUGCCACACCUGUAGGGCAACGGUCUCAGCAAAGCCAUUUUGACUCAGGUUUUGCCGGAGAUGGCAUUGACUCGCCAAACGCACAAACGCCGCUGCACAAGAAACUCGCGGAGAUGACGGAUCAAGAACGCUACGGCUUACCAGGAUUGCUUUCCAUGAUACCACUCGAGAGUCCCGAUUACUCCUCGUUGGCGAUGGGGCAAGAUUUGACGGUCCUUGGCUUGGAUCUUAGUCGACCGGAUAACUCGCCACUACAUCCGACAUUCGGCUCCCCCUUUGUUGAAUCUAACGUCAAACCCGUGAUACCGCCAGAUUUCACCCUUCCCGCAGCGUAUACGGUCACGAACGUCCCGCCACUACACUCAAAGAUGACCAGCUUUUCCGCCGAGACAUUACUCGCUAUCUUCUACCAACAUCCACGAGAUAUACUGCAAGAGAUCGCUGCGGCCGAGCUCUACAAUAGGGAUUGGAGAUGGCAUAUCAAGCUGCAGCAGUGGAUGAUGAAGGAUCCUGAUCUACCGGCUCCGAUCCGCCUGUCGCCAAAGGAGGAGCGCGGUUGGUAUCUGUUCUUCGACGUCACCAAUUGGAGAAGGGAGAGGAGGGAGUUUGAGCUCAACUACGAUCACCUCGAUCAGCGACACGGCAGCCCUGGCAUGACAGGUACGAUGUAG